UGGAGGCGAAGUGGGGGCGGCCGUUUGUGUUCUCGUGGUCUCGAACUCGCGCGCUCUCUUUCCUGCCCCCCACCCCACCCCCCCGGCGAGCGGCGGGGCGGAGAAACGGCGGCGGCUGCAGCAGCGGUUCUAACUUCGGGCACUCUCUUGUCUCCUCUCCAGCGAACCGGUUCCUCUUUCCCCCUCCCUCUCACUGUUUGUUGUGUGUUUGAUGUGUUAAAGCAGGAGCGAGAACGCGAGCUGCGCCAUGAGCAACACUACCGUCGUCUCCAGCACUGCGGGCCCGGGCCCCAGCGGCGGGCCGGGUGGUGGAGGUGGCGGCGGCGGAGGCGGUGGCACCGAGGUAAUCCAGGUGACUAAUGUCUCCCCGAGCGCUAGCUCUGAGCAGAUGCGGACCCUCUUCGGUUUCCUAGGCAAGAUCGACGAACUGCGCCUCUUCCCGCCGGAUGACUCGCCUUUGCCAGUCUCAUCCCGUGUCUGCUUUGUUAAGUUCCAUGACCCGGACUCAGCAGUUGUGGCACAGCAUCUGACAAACACUGUAUUCGUUGACAGAGCUUUGAUAGUCGUACCCUAUGCAGAAGUUCUUUUCCCUGGUUCAGCCUGAACUAUAUACCAGGCCCUGCUGAAAAUACCACCCAACAGUUUUCUUCUGCAGCUUAUCCAGUUUCUCUUAAGUGCCCUGUACAUAUUUGAAGCAGCCGACACGAGUCGUUGUUCAUAAAACAGCUUUUGAAAGUUGAGAGCACACCCCUGGAGAACCGACUGUGCUUGCUUACGUUUGGUUCAUGACUUAAAAAUCGAGUACAGGAGUUAUUCCUGAUGAGACUAAGGCUUUGUCUCUGUUGGCACCAGCUAAUGCAGUGGCAGGUCUUCUGCCUGGUGGUGGACUCCUGCCUACUCCUAACCCACUUACCCAGAUUGGCGCUGUUCCACUGGCUGCUUUGGGAGCUCCUACUCUUGAUCCUGCCCUUGCUGCACUUGGGCUUCCUGGAGCAAACUUGAACUCUCAGUCUCUUGCUGCAGAUCAGUUGCUGAAGCUUAUGAGUACUGUUGAUCCCAAGUUGAAUCAUGUAGCUGCUGGUCUUGUUUCGCCAAGUCUGAAAUCAGAUACCUCUAGUAAAGAAAUAGAGGAAGCCAUGAAGAGAGUACGAGAAGCACAGUCCCUAAUUUCUGCUGCCAUAGAACCAGAUAAAAAAGAAGAAAAACGAAGGCACUCGAGGUCAAGAUCACGCUCUAGGAGGAGGAGGACUCCCUCAUCUUCUAGGCAUAGGCGAUCGAGAAGCAGAUCAAGAAGGAGAUCACAUUCUAAGUCAAGGAGUAGGCGACGAUCCAAAAGUCCAAGACGGAGAAGAUCUCAUUCCAGAGAGAGAGGCAGAAGGUCGAGGAGCACAUCCAAAACCAGAGACAAAAAGAAAGAAGACAAAGAAAAGAAACGUUCCAAAACACCACCAAAAAGUUACAGCACAGCCAGACGGUCCAGAAGUGCAAGCAGAGAGAGACGACGACGACGGAGCAGGAGUGGCACAAGAUCUCCUAAAAAGCCGAGGUCUCCUAAAAGAAAACUGUCUCGCUCCCCAUCCCCUAGGAGACACAAAAAGGAGAAGAAGAAAGAUAAAGACAAAGAAAGAAGCAGAGAUGAAAGAGAACGAUCAACAAGCAAGAAGAAGAAAAGUAAGGAUAAGGAAAAGGAUCGAGAAAGAAAAUCAGAGAGUGAUAAAGAUGUAAAACAGGUUACACGGGAUUACGAUGAAGAGGAACAGGGGUAUGACAGCGAGAAAGAGAAAAAGGAAGAGAAGAAACCAACAGAACCAGGUUCCCCUAAAACAAAAGAGUGUUCUGUGGAGAAGGGACCCGGUGAUUCACUGAGAGAAUCCAAAGUGAACGGGGACGAUCAUCACGAGGAGGACAUGGAUAUGAGUGACUGAGUGUUGCCUCCUGGGGAUCCAGCUGUACAUGCAUCAGUGUCAUUCCUUUGUGUGAUUUCUUAAUGCUGUAUUUGUUCAUCUCAAACCUAGAUGUACACAGCUGAGUUAUAAAUGGUUAUAAAGCUCCUGGUAUCGAUAUUAAUUAUUUACAUCCAAAAGCUUUUAGAAAAUGAUACAUGGGUACCAGUCCUUGACAUGGUGAAAUCCGAUUGAGUAACCAAGCAGUUUUACUAUUGUGGUGCUGCUUCAUAGCAAACACCAACAGCUGCAUGCAUCAACAGCCGGCAUGGAUUGUUUAUGUUGUAUGACCUUCAUUAAGUAAGUUCACUUAUAGCAUUUCUAGGAUUCGAUUCAUUGCCGUAAUAGAGCCAUGUAGGGAAUGCACUGAUUGCAUGUUAAUUGUGGCAGGAAUAUCCUAAAUGUCAUUAAAAUCCUCCCAACAUGAUGGAUCUACUUAUGGUCUUGUUUGUUGACAUGACAAAUUAACAUUCUUAUAGUUACAUCUGGAAAUAAGCAUUUGAAAUAGAUAAUCCUUUAAGCCUUGUGGCUAAAUUUUUGUGGCUUUUGUUUAACUUUGAAAGGUUACAUAUGCACUAACCUUUUUGAUGGCUAAUUAGGCUUUUAAUUACAGAAACAAGAUUUCAAAUGGAAACUGUCUUUGGCAGUGAGUAAAUACCAUAUUUUGAGGUAGAGUAAUAUACAUUUUUCAUAUGGUGUUUGGGAAUUUUUUUUCCUGAAAUAAUUUAUUCCACACCUAGAUCAGUGAAAGCUAUCUGCCUAUUCUGAGACCAUCUGUAAAAGUUUUCUCUUGUCGUGAUUUUCAGUUUUCCACUUUUAUUAAUUUGUUUUAAUGUCAGUGUUGGAAAAAGGGGGUAGUGCAUUUUAAAUUGACCUUCAUAUGCUUUUAAAAUAAGAUAAAUGUACUUGAUAAUGUACUUUUUAUUUGAUCUCAAGUUGUAUAAACCAAUAAAUUUGUGUUACUGUUUCCGCAGUAGUAAUCUUAUGCACACAGUGAUUCCAUGUUAAAUGCAAAGUAGUUAGGCAACUGUUUUCUUAGUUACAGGAGUUUCAAGCUUCACUUUUGUGCAGUAAGAACAAAAGUAGGCUAGUCUGUGCCAUGUUGAUGUACAGUUUCUGAAAUUGUUUUACAAGACUUUGAUAAUAAAACCCUUAAACUUAUGUUCAUGUUCCUGUAAAACUGAUUUGUAUUUAUUUGCAAGCUGUUGAAUGUAUGACAUUACCUCAUUCAUUAUACAAAUCAAGUUCUUUCCCCUUUCAAUCCACAUAUUGACAUAAAAUCCAUCAUUGGAGUGGUUACUUGCCAUGAGAAUUGUCAAAGUUGGUUUAGUUUCUAUCUAAAACUGUCUUUUCCUUAGUGUAAUUUUAUUUCUCAUAAUUGGAUGUAGGAAUUGGGUUGAUUAAGCAAUGAACUUGAGGAUAAACAAAUGAUCCCACCUGUGUCUAGUAAAUUAAUUUUUUUGGUGACAUAUAUUUGCCUUUGCUAGAAUAGUAGAGCCACUGUCAAUGGUAUGUAUUUACUGUACAGUACUAAAUAGUAUAUUCAUUUAUGAAAUGAGUAGUUGGAGUGGCUGGGAUUAAGGAGAAAAUGAGACUUGGAAAUACAGCUUUCAUCCACGUUUGAUGAUGGUUUUUUUUUUAACUUUUAAAAUUGAAAUGCCAUAUAGACAAAAGCAGCAUUGUUUUUACAGUUUGUAGUAAGUAACUUUUUAAAGAUUUUAUCAAGAAUUUUGUCUAUAGCUAAAGGAGUUCUAGUAAUUGUCCUAAUAAUCACUGCAUUUUUAAAGAGCUGAAUGCAAAUGACAUUUGUUUAAACUUAUAAAAACUUCUUUAUUAGGUAAAGGUUGAAUCAUCUGCCAUUUUUGUAAGUCAAAACAAGUAAAAUAUUGGCAGUUUCAUUCACCUGGUUAAACCUAAUGUUAGUCUCUUUCUUCACUGGUAAUCUCUGAGUACAAAUAUACAAACAGGAUUUUAAAAGUUUUGGCUUUAAAAUAGUGUCACUGACUUAAGAUGCUACAGUGAAGGGAAUCCAUGUUGGGUUUUUUCCCAAUGAACACUUUGCACAAACACAGGGAUGCACAGGGGCACAAGCCUUGAACAGAGACGACCAGCUGAAAUCAAGUGAACACUGCCUCCACACUAAGUUUUAUUCUGUAUUUAGUAGUAAAUGAUUAAAAAAAUAAAAGUGGUUUUGUUAGAAAAA